ACUCCGGCACACGUACACAGCAUAGCACGAUGAAUGAUAGCGUGUCGAUACUAGUUGCCGUAUUUUUAAUUUUGGUGGCACUUCGAUGGAUGCUGGGUGGCUCACAACAGCUUCCCGGACAACAGGCCGGUCAACGUCGCGCACCAACACGGCGACCACAGCAUCGUGCAACACCACAGAUGGUGGAGAUGGUACGCACCGUCUUUCCAAAUAUACCCAUUGCAGCCAUCGUUGCCGAUCUCCAACGUACGGGCUCAGUAGAAACCACGAUAGAUAAUGCCCUCCGCGAUGGCGGUUUACCUUUGCCUCCUCCAACUACACCACCAAGCCCACCAUCCACAGCUGGAAACGCUAAUGGCUCAUCCUCUAGCUCGACGGGCGUACAAAAGUCAAAUUAUUCAGAUUUAAUGAUGCGAUACAAGAUCAAGAAUGAUAGCCAAGAUAGUGUUGGAGAACAAGUCGAAGAACCUCCCAAAGUAUGGGAAGCAAGCCCCGAUAAGCGUCAGGAAACAUUGCGGAAACGGAAGGAAUUUAUGGUUUUGCAAGCAAGGAGAAAAAUGUUGGAAAAGCAAAAGCCAAAGGAACCUGAAGCAGCAUCGAGUUCUUCGGUCGUUCCUGAAGUUGGAAAGCCGGAGGAGGAGGAAGCUUCGGGAUAUGAUGAGAUGUCAGUGGAGCAGUUGAACUCGCUUUCCCCAGAGGAGAGACGUCGCCAUCUCUUGGAAGCAGUCGAGCGAAGGGCACCUAGCCAGUAAUAAAAUCUAGCUAUAUACAUAUAUAAUCAAAACAAUCUAAUAAUAAAAAGUGGCGAUCUGGCCCCGAUAAACGUGUAGUAUAGCUGUGGACUGUUUUCAAUGCGGUUCUUGUCCUCGGCAAAUUAGAAUUGUUUGUUCCCAUGGAAACGGGUCAUGUUUACAAUGGCCUUUCCUUUUUUUAAUAUCCAGCUGCAUAUGAUGCUAUCCAGCUUGUAAUAGGAUGCAAAGUAGAUGCUAGCUGGUGUGAGACUUGUGGAAAAAUGUCGCGUGGUAUGAUCUACUCUUUCAAGGAUUUAGCAAAAACCCAUCGUCGUUCGUCCGUCCGUCCGCGUGACCGUGAGCAAAUGCAGGAGCUGAUUGGCUGACCAUCACCUUGGCAACACAAACUUGGUUGCUAG